CACACACCAAACCCAUAAAGAUGCUGGACUGAUCUGCUGAUAAAAUGUCUCUUAGAGCUUCCUUCAGCAUCCAGAGACUGUUUACAAGAUACCUUCAAUCUCAACUUGUGGUUCGGAAUGGAAGACAGACAUACUGCACUAACAGUAACAUAUUGACUCUCCAUCAUAGAGGUGUCUUCAAUGAUGUAUUCCCUCCUCAAAGUGAUGAAUUGCCCAAGCUUCUGACAUCCAGUCCUCAGAGUAUCUAUUGUGGUGUAGAUCCUACAGCUGAGAGCCUUCACAUUGGUAAUCUUCUAGCUCUCAUAGCACUUAUACACUAAAGAGCAGGACAUCAAUGUAUAGCAUUGAUUGGUGGAGCCACUGCUUUGAUUGGUGACCCCAGUGGCAAAUCAACAGAAAGGGAAUCAUUACAUCCAGACCUGGUAGAAAGGAACGCUGCUUCCAUUCACCAGUCUCUUCAGCGAAUCUUCACUAAUCAUGAGAGACUUUUCUGGAAACGCGAUAAGACACUGCCAGAUAUAAGAAUAAUGAAUAACCAGGAUUGGUAUAAAUCAGAGAACCUGGUGCAGUUCUUAGGGACGUACGGUCGAUUCUUUAGGAUGGGUUCUAUGCUGUCAAGACAGAGCGUCCAAACAAGAUUGAACAGCCCUGAGGGAAUGAGUUUCUCUGAGUUCACCUAUCAAAUAUUUCAGGCCUAUGACUUCUUGCACUUACAUGAGCAGUAUGGCUGUAACAUACAGAUAGGAGGAACUGAUCAAUUAGGUAAUAUCAUGUCUGGUCAUGAUCUCAUCAGAAGAACAGCUGGUAAUGAGGUUUAUGGUCUGACUAUCCCAUUAGUGACGAGUGCAACUGGAGACAAGCUUGGUAAAACAGCUGGUAAUGCAGUCUGGAUUAACAGAGAUAAAACCUCAGAGUUUGACCUUUAUCAGUAUUUCAUCAGGAUGCAUGAUAAUGAUGUGGAGAAGUCUCUGAAGCUCUUCACAUUCCUGCCUCUACAAGACAUCGAUGCAGUAGUCAGGAAACACAAGGCCAAGCCAGAGAAACGAAAGGCUCAGAGGUUGCUAGCUGAGCAAGUGCUCCUAUUAGUUCAUGGGGAGGAAGGAUUAGAGAAGGCCCGACGUUUGACUGAAGCCUUGUACAGCUCUGAUCCCGGUGCCUUAGAGAGAUUAAGCGUAGAGGAAGUGAGCCAGCUCUUCAGUGGAGGAGGCUUUGUAGAGAUAAUGCUAGAACCUGGUCUUACUGUCUAUCAGGUUGCUGUAGCUGCAGGAGCUCUACCAAAAGAUCGAGGAGUAGGAAUCAUAGAAGAUGGUGGUGUUUAUGUCAAUAAACAGAGAGUUACCAAUCCACAUGAAGUUCUGCAGAAAGGUCUUCAUAUUCUUAGUAAUAAUGUCACAUUACUCAGAAUAGGCAAGAAGAACUACACACUAAUCAAAUGGGUCUGAUGGCCAGGGUGUCUGAUAUCAAACUUCUCAGUAGUUCUGAAAGGUUAACAUCUCCCUAUAAGAGGCAGAGGUCAAAGGUCAUUCAUGUCAUCGGAUGACCACAGAAUCACUGUAACACAGAGCAAUUAUACUGUACAGUGUAAUGAAAAUAUCUUUCUUGAAUCAUUCAUGAUGGCCAUUUUUGUGGCAAGAAACUUUUCUGAUUUGCAAACUUUCAGUGCAGUGGAACCUAUAUAUUAUUGAAACAUGGGAAAUGACCUUAUUUUGAAACCUUGUUAUCUCAGUACUGAAAGCAAGAGAGAGUGAAGUGGGACCAGCAACAUUAGAUUGUUGAAAGUGUUCUUCAUAGAGAGGUUCAACAUUUUUGCAACCUAAAACUAUGUGAACCUACACCAAAAUGUCACUAAAAGUAAAUUGGUUUUACCAUAAUGACAUAUAUGGGAUACUAUGAGAUACUAAACUGUUAGUUUAGAUAGCUCUCAUAGCUACAACGUUGUGAUUGGUCCACAGCUCAUCAUGUGAUAAUGACUGCGAGGAUCGUAAUUAGCACAUUUCCAGUGAUUUCUUGACGUUAUAUUGACCCCCUGUUCAAAUGAGUAUGUUUUUCAUCAUACCUUAUCCAAGCGGCCCAGCACGCAUUGUUUGCAUUGUGUUAGACGCGGAAGGCUGAAAGGCAUGAGAUCACAACUAUCC